GCCAUCAACCGCAGUGCCGCCUCCCUAGCUAGAUUCCAAAUGGCACGAACAACAAAAACUUGUUCUGUUUUGGAACAUUCGCCAAGAAUAUCGUUUCCUUCGCCAGACUGCCUGCUGUUUACUUUCCUGGCCGUCUCCCGGAGGCACAUAUGGUUGCCGUCGCCAGAGAGAAUUUGGCAAGACCUGCCAGACUGCAUAUGCUAAUUAAUCAACAAUUAUUCAUUAGUAUAAGUAGUGAGCACUUAUCCCUUGAGCUUAAUUCAUUAUCCAAGUUUCGCAGAUUAAUAUUAGUAAUCCAUUUACUAACCAUGAAAACAAUGAGAAACAUUAAUGCCAUCUCCGGGUUGAUUCUUUUGCUCUACUUGAGCUUCUCCAUCCAUGGCGGCGCGGCGGGGGCUUCAUCGAUUCGACGCCACACUUUUGUGAUAAAAGAAGCUUCCUACACGAGGCUGUGCAGUGAAAAUAAGAUAAUGACGGUGAAUGGGGAAUUCCCAGGGCCAACUCUGUAUGUUUACAAGGGAGACACAAUCGUUGUGGAUGUCAUUAACCAUAGCCCACAUAACAUAACCCUCCAUUGGCAUGGAGUAGCUCAACCGAGAAAUCCAUGGUCAGAUGGUCCCGAAUACAUCACUCAGUGCCCGAUCCAGCCAGGAAGGAAGUUCAGCCAGCGAGUCGAGUUCACCUUCGAGGAAGGUACGUUGUGGUGGCAUGCUCACAGCGAGUGGACUCGAGCCACCGUCCAUGGAGCUAUUGUCGUGUACCCCAAGAAAGGGUCCACUUACCCCUUCCCCAAGCCCCACGCUGAAGUCCCGAUCAUUUUUGGAGAGUGGUGGAAGAAUGGUGUGUUUGAGACCUACAAAGAGUUUCUUGGAUCCGGGGGUGACCCAAAUGCUUCCGAUGCCAUCACCAUUAACGGUCAACCUGGAAAUUUGUUCCCAUGCUCAAAAUCAGACACAUUCAGACUCGACGUAGUUCGCGGAAAGACAUACCUCCUUCGAUUAGUGAACGCAGUCCUUCAGGACAUGCUAUUUUUUGCCAUCGCCGACCAUCAACUCACGGUGGUUGGGACCGACGGCAGCUACACGAAGCCAUUCAAAUCCAAUUACAUAACCAUCUCUCCCGGUCAAACCAUCGACGUCUUGCUAGAAGCAAAACCUUCGCAACAGUACUACUCCUCCUCAUCACCAAUGAAACAAUAUUACAUGGCUGCUCGAGUGUACUCUAGCAACCCAGGGGCUGUCUUCGACAACACAACUGCGACGGCCAUUCUCCACUACAAUGAUCACCAAGAUUGGAUUUUACAUCAUUCUUCACAGCCAACUCUCAAACUACCGCCCCUCCCAAGUGUUAACGACACAAGCGCAUCGGUCGCCUUCACCGGCCGGCUCAGAAGUCUGUCCACCUCAUCCUCCGACGCCGAACCUGUCCCAAAAGACGUGACAACAAAACUAUUCCUCUCACUCUCCAUCAACCUCCAGCCCUGCCCGAACAAUUACUCCUGCCCGCCGGGCGGCCCCUUUAACGGCACCGUUCGCAUCGCCGCGAGCAUCAACAACGUGAGCUUCGUGGAACCGAGGUCCGUCGACAUCCUGAGUGCAUACUACAACCACAUCAACGGCGUUUUCCGUACAGACUUCCCCCACAAACCCAAGCACCCCGCGGACUACACCGGCGACCGGCCAUUCGAGGGAGCCGCGACGACGCACGGGACGAGGGUGAAGGUCUUGGGGCACAACUCCGCGGUGGAGGUGGUUUUCCAAGGGACGAAUUUAGCCCUGGGGAGUGACCAUCCGAUGCAUCUACACGGGAUGAGCUUCUACGUGGUGGGAUGGGGUUUCGGUAAUUUCGACGAGAGGAGGGAUCCCAAAGGUUACAAUCUAGUCGACCCGCCCUUUGUGAACACCGUGGCUGUCCCGAGGAAUGGAUGGACUGCCAUAAGAUUCAGAGCUUCGAAUCCCGGAGUGUGGUUAAUGCACUGCCAUUUGGAGAGGCAUCAAACUUGGGGAAUGCAGAUGGUGUUCAUCGUUAAGAAUGGGAAAGGCAGAAAAGCCCAGAUGCUUCCUCCACCUCCUGAUAUGCCACCUUGUUGAUAUAAUUCAUUAAUUAUAUUAUUACUAGCUUUGUUUCUGGUCAUUAUCCUCAUAAAAUUUUAUCAUUAUUCGAUGAAAUAAAUAUAAUUAUCAUUCAUUUUAUAUUAUAAUUAAUUGUUAGAUUAGUUUUGGUUUGGCAAUUUUUCGCAUUGAUGUAAUUUAUUUAUAAUCAUAAGAUUUAUGUUUCAAAUAUGAGACCCAUUCUAAGUUCAUCGUGCUUUUACCUCAAUACCGACUAUAUCGAUAAAGUAAAAAAAUAAAA